AUUAUGUAUACGUAAUCGCUAUAUAUCCUUGGGUGGGUUGUUAUAGAAAUCGGUUUACACGUUUUCAAAACUUUAUUGGAAGUAAAAGAAUUCAAGGAAAUGUUGGGUAUGAAGCACAGGAAACCAUUUGGUGUUGUGAUAUUUGUUAUUGUUAUUUCAUGUACUGUCAUCCCUAAAUAUUUUGAGCAGCCAAUAGCCAACUCAACAACUUUUCUCAUAAAUAUGUAUAAUAACAAACGGCAUACGUCCAUAAGAUAUAUUCUGGACCCUAAGAAACCGUUGAGCCCUUUUGAUAUCAUCCGUCUGGACUGUGGCCAACUAUGCAAUACAACCAGAAAAGGUUCACCAGGACCUUUUUUUGAUCACAUAACAUCUUCAGUAAACUGUGGGGAAAUAUUUAGGAACGAAUAUAUAGACCGUGCACAUGGAUUACUGCAUACACCCAAAACGAUUCCGAAAAAUAUGGUGAAUGAAUUUACCAUGAAUAACCGGAUUCCAGUUAGAUAUUGGUACUUUGAUAGUGCACCAUAUUUGGGUAAAAAAGCAAUGAAACCAGUGUGGUCUGAGAAAUUGAUUGAAGACUGGAUAACUAUGGCAAAACAAGGAAAGUUAUCUGGUACCUACGGAACUGCAAACACAAAUAGUCUGAGAGAUGGACUAAAACACGCACCACAUAUUAAGAACGGCAGAGUAAUGGUAAUUGGAUCAGAAAUCCCUUGGGUUGAGGCAUGCGUCCUAGAAGCAGGUGCACGAGAAGUAUUAACAUUGGAAUAUGGUAGUAUCAUCUCGCAACAUCCAAAAGUGAAAACAAUAGUCCCGUUUGAUUUUCGUAUGCGUUAUUUAAAUGAUACUUUGGGAACAUUUGAUGCUAUUGUUACGUAUAGUUCUAUAGAACAUUCGGGAUUAGGUAGAUAUGGUGACGCAUUAAAUCCAUGGGGAGAUAUUAUAGCAAUAGCACGUGCUUGGUGUGUAACGAAGACUGGUGGCUCUCUGACUAUAGGUAUUCCGUAUAAUCACGAUCAUGAAGAACUGGUUUUUAAUGCCCAUAGAGUAUAUGGUAAAAUAAGGUAUCCAUAUUUAACUACAAAUUGGAAACAACUCUAUAGAGGAAAAGGUUUUUGGCAACAAACUCAUGUUUUUACGAAAUCCAAAUAA